CGCCGGGGUCCGGGACAGGGCGUGUUUACUCUCGUGGGCUCCCGGCUGAUCUGUGUGGGAUCCCCUAGGCUGCUGCCUUCCACAACCAUGUCCAAGUCUUUGAAGAAGCUGGUGGAGGAGAGCCGGGAGAAGAACCAGCCCGAGGUGGACAUGUGCGACCGCAGCAUCUCCAACAUGCUGGAUGUCCACGGCUUGUUUACUUUAUCCCACAUCACACAGCUGGUUCUCAGCCACAACAAGCUGACAACUGUGCCUCCAAACGUGGCAGAACUGAAGAAUCUGGAAGUGCUGAACUUUUUCAAUAACCAAAUUGAAGAGUUGCCCACGCAGAUCAGCAGCCUCCAGAAGCUCAAACACCUGAACCUUGGUAUGAACAGGCUAAAUACUUUGCCCCGAGGAUUUGGCUCUUUACCGGCCCUAGAGGUCCUUGACUUGACUUACAACAACUUGAAUGAAAAUUCUCUUCCUGGAAACUUCUUCUACCUUACCACCCUGCGUGCACUUUAUCUAAGUGACAACGAUUUUGAAAUCCUGCCGCCAGAUAUUGGGAAGCUCACAAAGUUGCAGAUACUCAGCCUUAGGGAUAAUGACCUGAUCUCACUGCCAAAAGAAAUUGGGGAACUUACGCAGCUGAAGGAACUACACAUCCAGGGGAACCGCCUGACUGUCCUUCCCCCUGAGCUCGCCUCUACGGCAGACACAUGCAGGCAAACCCAGAGCCUCCAAAGAAGAAUAAUGACAAAUCAAAGAAGAUCAGCCGGAAACCCCUGACAGCCAAGAACAAAUAAGGAUUUAGCGUGGACUGAUGCUUUUUAGUUUCUCUCUCUCUCUCCCUCUCUCUCUCUCACACACACACACACUCUCACAUACUCUUCAUGCAUUCUCUAACCUCUACCCCCAUUCCCAUGGCAUUUUAGUCCUUUGGGAAGAUGCUGGAUUUUUGCAGACACCUGUUUCUGUGUUGUCUUAUUAGAGGUGCCAAAUAAAGGAAGCCAAGAUCUAUGCUGACUGCAAAUUCCAAAGAAGGCUCUGCUUUUAAACCCUUGAAUAAGAAUCAUGAAGUUCCAUAUUAUCCAGAAAAAUUAAAACCAUGUAACCAUUUACUAUAGCUUAACACUGCUCAUUCUUCUACUUAUGUGUGCAUUAACACGUGUAUAACGGCUUUUAUUCUAUUAAGCCAUACAUAUAUACCCCCUUGUGCUUUCAUCUGUGUCCUUGUAUCACCGAGAUAUUAUGUUCAUUUUACUUAUAAA